CCCCUCCCCUUAAACCCGAGAGCUCCUCUCUCUCUCUCUCUCUCUCUCUCUCUCCUCUUUCUCUAUCUUCACCUCCACCAUGUCUCAACCCAUGUCCUCCGAUCACGACCACAACAACUCCGACCCGGUCCCGACCCGCCUCUACAACCCCUACCAAGAUCUCCAGGUCCCAAUUCAAAACCUUUACCAGCUCCCCACCUCCCCGGAGUUCCUCUUCGUCGAGGAGGCCCGCCGCCAGCGCCGCUCCUGGGGCGAGAAUCUCACCUUCUACACCGGCUGCACCUACCUCGCCGGCGCCGUGGCCGGCGGAUCCGUCGGCCUCGUCUCCGGCGUCCGAUCGUUCGAAUCCGGCGACACCACCAAGCUCAGGAUCAACCGGGUCCUCAACUCGUCGGGUCACACGGGUCGGGUCUGGGCCAACCGGCUCGGCGUGAUCGGGUUGCUCUAUGCGGGUAUGGAGAGCGGGGUUCAGGCGCUGAGGGAUACGGAUGAUGUGUGGAAUAGCGUUGCCGCGGGGCUCGGUACCGGAGCGGUGUACCGUGCGGCGAGGGGAGUGAGGUCGGCGGCGGUGGCCGGCGCCGUUGGAGGAGUGCUGGUCGGAGUGGCAGUUGCGGCAAAGCAGGGGCUGAAGCGAUACGUGCCGAUAUGAAAGGAUGGUGGAAGGCUGUGAUGGUAUGGCUUGUUUUGUUUAGUUUUGGAGCAAUUUUGAUAGUACCAUUUAGGCAUCGGAAUUGAUAAAAAUGUUUACUUGGGCAAUGCAUGAUAUUGCUAUGCUUGGAAUUUAAAUUAAAAUGAAAUUAUUGAUUUACAAGUAGUUGAGCAUGGGAGGCACAUGCAGUUGUAGCUUUUUUUUUUAGUUUUUGGUUAGAUUUUUGAUGUAAUCUGUCGAAUUGUCCUAAUAAUGAAUAAUUGGGAUGCAUUUGGAGUUCUGGGUGUGCACGGCAUAUCUGGUGAUAUUACAAAGAUGCAAUCUUUAGUGUGUCGAACAUCGGUACGCAAUGUAGUUGUUGAAUUUUGAUUCUGCAAUGGUUGAUGGCUGGCUAAAGUCUGUGCUUUUGUUUCA